UUUGAAACUUUUGAAUUCCCAAUUGCAUUUCGUCCCCCAAAAAGAAAAAGAAUGGGGUUCUGGGGAACAGAAGUGAAACCUGGAAGACCGUUCACUCACGCCCAAAAACACCAGCGGCUUCACAUUUCUCAGGCCACCCUAGGAAGCGGCAAUACCGGAAGAACACAGAAGAGCGUCGUUCAAUGCAAUGUAGGCAACAAGGCUCCUGUUUUUCUAUGCACUUUAUUUCCUAAUCAAUCGGAAUCAUGCCAGUUGAAUGUCGAAUUCCAAGAGCUUGACGACGUCAUUUUCUCCGUUAUCGGUCCUCGUAGUGUUCACCUCACUGGUUAUUAUCUGCCUGAGUCUGGAAGUCGACGGUUACACCACUUUGAUGAUGAAUCUGAGGAAUCGUAUGGAGAGGAUAUUGCUGAUACAGAGACGGAAAGAUCCGAUGGUGAUAAAGAUAAUGUUGAUGAUGAUUAUGAGGAUAGUUUUAUCGAUGAUGACGAUGAUGAACCGCAUGUUGUCGACGGAGAUGUCGUAGAUGCAUCACCUAAGAACAAGAAGACCAGCUUGAGAAGGCUGCGAAAGAAGUACCAAGUGUGUGAAUCAGAUGAAGAAAAAACUUAUCAGCAACUUUCUGAAGGUGGCUCUAGUAAAGAAAUAUUGGACAGUGAAAAUGAAGACUUGCUUCCUAUUUCUUCCUUUUGUAAAUCUGCUGCAAAGAAUAGAACGUUAGAAGCAGAGGAAAAUACCGAGAAAGAAAUAAAGCACACAAUUGAUUUUGACAGGAUAAUACCAGAACAAGAAGCAGAUGCUACUGUGGAUGCUGAGGCUAAUGAAAGGCAGCCUGAUCGACAGAAGUCAAUCCUGCAUCUUGUUGAAGGGAGCUUAGAGAAUGGUUCAAAGCUUAACAAGAAAAAGAAAACUCUGGUCAACAAGUAUAAAGAGCAUAAAAACGCAGAAGAAGAUGAUUUUUCUGCUGGCACGGUUAUUAAACACGACGAGGCCAAGGAAAUUGAAACAAAAGUUGAUCAAUUGCAAUCUACUGGAGUGGGCUCUGAGACUAGUGCAAAGCCUAAGAAGAAGAAGAAGAAGAAAAAGCAUUCCAAAGAGGAGAUACAGCUUAAAGAUGGAACUGAAGAUAUUUCAGUCCUUAAAAUGGAUCAGGCCCAACAAAGUGAGAAAAAAGCUGAUCAAUCUAGUCAAGCUAUUGCUGUUAAAAACGGAGAAUUCCAGGCAACUGGAAAUAACAGAGACUCUCUGCUUUCCAUUGAAGUGGCCCAUGGAAUUGCUGCAAGUACCAGGAAAAAAAAGAAAAUGCUUGCGAAGGAGGAAAAAGGUGCUGGAGCUGAUAAUUCCUUUCUUGGUAGUGGUUGUAGAGAAGAUAAAAUGGAGCUAAAUGGGGCCAACAGUGAAAACAUAGAGAAAGAUAUCUCACCUAGUGGAGAAGAAUUUCAAACGCAAGCAAAUGAGAAGAAUGCUUCCCUGACACAUGAUUCGGAGAUGCUUAUUACUCAGUCUGGACCUGAUAAUUGUUCAAAGACUAAGAGAAAAAGGAAAAAGUCUGUUGAUAAUAAAAUUACUGAAGCUGAAAGUGGAAAUAAUACCAAUGUUAUCAUUAAGGACAGAACCGGUCAAGAUGAGUUCAAGUCUGAUGGCCUUGAACAUGAGAAAAAUCAAAGCAUUUCUGAAACGGUUGCUAACCAAUCUGCUAAGGAAAAUCACUCUCACAAGAAGAAGAAAAGGAAGAAAAUGAGUAAAACUCAGGAGGAUGGUGAGAACAUGGUAGAAUUAAAGCACAAGACCUUGGAAACCAGGGAAUAGGAUGACAAAAUUGCUACUUUUGGGAAAAAGGUAUGAAGACAAAUGCGCUGCUAUUUUGGGACAUACAAAGGAAUCACUGCAAGUGCCUAUCCAGUAUAUGAGUUUUUAGUGCAGGCCUUUUGGUGCACAAUUGUUAUGCAAAAACAAGUAUUUUGUGUUCACAUUACACACCCAAUGUUGUGUAAUUGCUGGGUUAAUAUGCACGUAUAGUAGGCAUUUUUUGGGAACAGAAAUGGUUCACUUUUUGGGCUCGUCAUUCCUUGGAACAGAAUUGGUGGUUCUGCGGGCAUUUUGGCUUAGGUUCGCUUGCGAAUUGGAAGGACUGUAGAUGAAUUUGAAUAUGUGCAUAUUUCGGGUUUAAUACGAAGAGCGAUCAUUAUAUGGAAGAAAUUUGAUUGCUUACCAUUCACAAAUUUGCUAAGCUGCAUUCUUAAUUCGUUGUUUUUAUUUUAAGGAGAUUUUAUGUAAAAUGUUAUUUUUCUUUGAGUUUUGCUUUUAUAUAUUCUUUUUAGGUAAAAUUCA